UGCGUUGCUGCGCGCAUGCGCGCCAUUCCCCUUUCCCUCCCCUCCGCUCCUUUGCCUUCUCCAACCUGAAGUUGCUUCUGGAGCAACUCAUUCGCGGCUCCGGGCGCUGCUGCAGCUGCAAGGCAGACGAUGGCACCUUGGCUGAAGUUCUGCUCCUUCUUCUUCUCCCUCACUGCCUGCUUCGACGGCCCGAGGCUGGCCGUGUCCGCAGGAGGGACCAGCAGCAGCGGGGGCAGGAAGGGGACAGCGGGAGAUGCUUGUGGCUGGAAGGCUUUAUCGCCAAUUGGAAAGAAUCCCGGGUUACUUAAUAUCACCUUUAAGUAUGACAACUGUACUCCUUAUUUGAGCUCACUGGGAAAGCAUAUAAUUGGUGAUGUACAGAACAUCACUAUUAGCCAGUAUGCAUGCUCUGAUCAAGUUGCCGUGACAAUACUGUGGACAGCAAAUCCCAUUGGUAUUGAAUUUCUGAAGGGAUUUCGAGUGAUACUUGAAGAGUUAAAAUCAGAGGGAAGACAAUGUCAACAGUUGGUCUUAAAAGACCCAAAGCAGCUGAAUUCAAGUUAUAAAUGGACUGGAGUGGAGUCUCAGUCUUUUCUCAAUCUGAAAUUUGAAACUGACUACUUUGUGAAGGUUGUCCCUUUCCCAUCCAUUAAGAACGAAAGCAACUACCACCCCUUUUUCUUCAGAACUCGGCCUUGUGAAUUGCUACUGCAGCCAGAAAACUUAGCCUGCAAACCUUUCUGGAAGCCAAGGAAUCUGAACGUUACCCAGCAAGGCUUUAAUAUGCAUGUGUCUUUUGACCAUGCACCGCAUAAUUUUGGAUUCAGAUAUUAUUAUCUGCACUACAAACUUAAAAACGAAGGACACUUCAAACAGAAGACUUGCAAACAGGAAAAAAAUACAGAUGUCACAAGCUGUAUUCUUCAGAAUGUCUCACCAGGAGAUUAUAUAAUAGAGCUGGUUGACGAUACCAAUACAACAAGGAAAACAAUGCAUUAUGCAUUAAAACCAGUGCACUCCCCGUGGGCCGGGCCGAUAAGAGCAAUAGCCAUUACAGUUCCAUUGGUUGUCGUCUCUGCAUUUGCAACACUUUUCACAGUGAUGUGCCGCAAAAAGCAGCAAGAAAAUAUCUAUUCCCAUUUAGAUGAGGAGAGUUCAGAAUCUUCAACCUACUCUGCUGCCCUCCAUGUGGAAAGGCAACGACCUCGGCCCAAAGUGUUCAUCUGCUAUUCCAAUAAAGAUUGUCAGAAGCACAUUAAUGUCAUCCAGUGCUUUGCUUAUUUCCUUCAGGACUUCUGUGGUUGUGAGGUUUCUUUAGACUUAUGGGAAGACCUGAGGAUUUGUAAAGAAGGGCAAAAAGAGUGGCUUCAUCGAAAAAUCAAUGAGUCCCAGUAUAUUAUCAUUGUGUGUUCCAAAGGAAUGAAAUACUUUGUGGAGAAAAAGAACUGGAAGCAUAAGGGACCCAAGGAGAAGGAUGCUGCAAAGGGAGAACUGUUUCUGGUCGCUGUAGCUAUAAUAGCAGAGAAGCUGCGCCAUGCAAAACAGAACUCACAUGACCUCUGCAAGUUCAUUGCUGUCUACUUUGAUUACUCCUGUGAGGGUGAUGUUCCUGGUAUUCUGGAUUUAACUACAAAGUACAAACUCAUGGAUAACCUGCCUCAGCUUUACUCCCAUUUACAGUCCAGAGAUCUUGGCCUUCAUGAUUCAGAAUUGUAUCCUGUACACAUCAGCAAAAGAAAUUAUUUCAGGAGCAAAUCUGGGCGGUCUCUUUAUGUAGCCAUUUGCAACAUGCACCAGUAUAUUGACCAGGAGCCAGACUGGUUUGAAAAGCAGUUUGUUCCCUUCCGCCCACCUCCCUUACAUUACCAAGAGCCAGUGAUGGAAAAAUUCGACUCUGGAUUGGUGCUAAAUGACUUAGUUGGUAAACAAGUGACUGAUGGGGAUUUCUUCCUGAAAGCAGAUGCAAAUAUUGUUCUACCUUUGAAUUCAGACUCUCAUUGUGUGAUGCAACAUUUUAAUCUGGGUGAGGACAGAGACUCUCAGGACAUUCAGAAUAGUAGCUGCAUUCUUCAGCCAUUGCUACAUGUUGUAAAGGCUGCCAAUCUCCCAGAUAUGCCCCGGGACUCUGGGAUUUAUGAUUCUUCUGUUCCUUCAUCUGAAUUGUCACUCCCUUUAAUGGAAGGACUCAUAGCAGACCAAAUUGAAACCUGUUCCAUUGCAGAGAGCGUCUCCUCUUCAUCAGGACUGGGAGAAGAAGAACCUCCUUUGCUUGCUGCCACCAAAUCCUUAGUGCCUGGAAUAUGUAAAGCAGAACUUCACUGCCAUAUCCGCACUGAAGAACUGCAGCCGAUCGCACCUUUAUAACACACUGCAAGAUUGUUACGCAUUGCCACUUUAUCAUCGACAGCCUCUGUGUAUGCAUUAAUCUCUGCAUUAUCACAGCCACUUGACUUACUUGAAGGAAAAUACACUUUCCUGGCAGAUUAUCUGUUGCUCCCCAGGAGAGUUUAUGGCCAGUAUAUUUUUAUACAUAGUUCUU